AUGGACGAACGAGCUUCUAUUUCGGCAUCGUCCGAUACCCAACUUGAAAAGCGAGUAUGGUAUCGAGGAACACUCUUCAAUGCCUGCAUUAUCGGAGGCGUGGGAUUCACGGCUCCGGGCUUGUGGAAUGCCAUGAAUGCUUUGGGUGCUGGUGGCGCACAGGAGCCGUUCUUGAUUAAUGCAGCCAAUGCACUGGUUUUCGGUCUCAUGGGUAUUUUGUGUUUGUUCGGUGGCCCUAUCGCUAACCGGAUUGGAUUAAGAUGGACGCUGAUGCUUGGCGCUGUGGGAUAUCCGUUAUAUUCCGCUGCCUUGUAUACGAACAAUCGUUUUGGAAAUGUAUGGUUUGUGCUGGUUGGAUCAGCUCUGUGUGGUUUAUCCGCCGGUCUCUUCUGGGCCUCUGAGGGUGCAGUGGCACUAGGUUAUCCCGAGCCUGCAAAGCGAGGCCGCAUUUGGCUUUGGUUCCGUACAGGUGGCCCGUUGCUUGGAGGUGCCAUUGUUCUUGGCCUCAACCAUGCUGGCGACGCCCAUGCCAAAGGAAAGGUUGGAUCUCAGACAUAUCUCAUCUUCGUUGCGCUGCAAUGUACUGCCGUGCCUAUUGCCUUCUUCCUCACGUCACCCGACAAGGUUCAACGCACAGAUGGAAGCAAGGUCAGGAUUAUCCUGCAAGACUCGUGGCGUGAUGAGAUGAAAGAACUCUGGAAGGUCUGCAAGCGGAGGGAGAUUCUCUUACUCUUGCCUGUUUUCUGGGCCGCAUACUUCAAUAUGUACACCGGAAACUUCAAAACCUAUUACUUCGGAGUUCGCGCUCGCGCCUUGAUUGGAUUCGUUACCUACUUCGCCACUCUUUUGGCCUCGACAAUUAUUAGUAGGUUCCUGGACUACCGCGGGCUUUCGACCAGAAACAGAAUCAAGUACAGCUUUUUCUACGUGAUCGUGGUUCAUAUCGUUACUUGGGUUUACUGCUGGGUUAUCCAAGAGAAGUACACCAAGAACCCACCGACGUUUGACUGGGCCGACAAAGGCUUUGUCGAAGGAUUCUUCGUUAUCCUGCUCUGGGAAUUCGCUCAGCAAUCACUGCAAAAUUUCCUCUACUAUCUUCUCUCCACCAUGACCGACAACAUCUCCGAACUCUCCCGUUUGUCCGGUAUCCUCCGUGGCCAGGAAAGCUUUUCGCAGGCUGUAUCUUACGGUCUCAACUCGAAGAAAUGGCACGGCGGAAGAGUGCCACUGAUUGUUAACACAAUCCUACUUGUUCUUUCCGUGUGGCCUACUUGGCUCGUUGUCAGGACACAUGUUCCCAUCGAGCAUGACAAAGAGACUGCUAUGUUGCCCCAUGCCGAAGACGAGGAGCAGAACAAAGUGAGUCUCUCUGACAAGGAGACAUUUAUUGUGGCCGAGGCGGUUGCUUCGAAAUAA